CCGCACAAGAGAGAAGAAAUAACGACACGAGAUUUUUCCGUGACGCCGUCAUUUCAUCGCAGCAACUAAACUGCCGCCGAUAUCCGAUCGUCUGUCACCGCGCUUACGUCAUCACCGCCGCCGCCAAGCCGAAUGACGGCCUACCUCUAACUAUACGUCUCACCUUCGCCACCGGACACUGCUCCAGAGAUGGACGAACGCGGUGACGUCACGUGCGGGAUGAAGGAGUUAGCGGCGAAGGGGGAUGACCUCGGGAUGGAAGAAGGUCACCAGGGCGCUGAACGCGAGCACUGGGGGAAGAAGAUUGACUUCCUGCUGUCCGUCAUCGGAUUCGCCGUCGACCUGGGAAACGUCUGGCGGUUUCCGUACAUCUGCUAUCGAAACGGCGGCGGUGCUUUCUUCAUUCCUUACUUCACCAUGUAUUUCCUCGGAGGUUUGCCUCUCUUCUAUCUCGAGUUGGCACUGGGCCAAUACCAACGCUGUGGAUGCAUAUCCGUGUGGGACAGAGUAUGCCCCUUAUUCAAAGGUAACCACCGCGCACAAGCGAUCGCCGCGAUGCCGUUUGCUCCUCUCUGGGCGAUCAUCUUCUUCCUCAUGCUCAUAACGCUCGGACUAGACAGUACUUUCGGUGGGCUGGAAGCCCUUAUCACGGGAUUCUGUGAUGAAUUUCCGGCGUUGAGGCGACGUCGGGAACUCUUCGUUGCUGCGCUGAUGCUAUGGUGCUACCUAGGAGCGUUGCCUACGACCACCUACGGUGGAAGCUAUGUGAUACAGAUGUACGAUGCAUUCGGCACUCAGCUAUCCAUAUUGUUUAUCGUGUUUCUAGAGGCCGUCGCUGUCUGCUGGUUCUACGGUGUGAGUCGGUUUUCCGAUGACAUCAAACACAUGUUAGGCUUCUCUCCCGGAAUCUACUGGCGAGCAUGCUGGACAAUCAUCAGCCCCGUCUUCACGUUCGCGGUGUUUCUCAUAGCCAACGCUGAGCUUCGAGCGGCUGAAGCGCCCGGCGGCUACGCCGUUCGCCGGUUGCUCGGGCGAUGCUGCUCGGCUGGUGAUGACUAUCAUCGCUCGAGCCUGGCAUCCCUGCAGGUGAUGCUUUGUAUAAGGUUGCGGCACCGCCGGGCUCACUGA